AGAUACACCGAGAGCGUUUGGCACAAGCUUUAACAAAAUAAAGACAUAGAAAAAGACUGGAAAAAGGACAGGUCUUAAGAUAGGCGUGACGAAAUGACUUCACAUAUUAUAUAAUGAUCCAAACUUUAUUUAUAAGGUGGUCAGUAACUAAACAGAGACAGCAAUAUUACGUUUGAGCUCAAUGAUGUUUCUUGCUGAGUGGCAUGGCUUCGUCUUCUUCUUGCAACUGGUUUCCUUGGUAGCAGUCUUAACUCGUGGAUCUACUAGUGUAUAUUCAUCCAGCAAAAUCUUGGAGAGAAUAAAACGAGAGGAAAAAUGCUAUGACGAUCUCGGAUGUUUCAGCAAUGGUGGAAACUUUUAUGACCCUAUCAAACGUCCAAUCGACGUUCUUCCUCAAAGUCGUGACGUCAUUAACACGCGAUUCAUUCUGUACACCUCUAAAGACAAAAACAACUACGAAAUAUUAGACCCAACAGAUAAAAACAGUAUUUCUAACUCAGGGAUCAUUCCAUCGGCAAACACUAAGAUACUUAUUCAUGGCGUUACUCUACGUUUUAGUUCUGAAAGAUGGCUAAAGAAGAUGAAGGAUGAAUAUUUAAAACAAGGUGAUUACAAUAUCAUCUUAGUUGACUGGAGCAAAGGAAGCUGGUUUCCAUACUACCAAGCUGUAGCGAAUGCAAGACUUGUAGGAGCUGAGAUAGCCCAGUUGAUUAGUCGCUUACAGGAAGUCAAAGGCAUCUCUUUAGACAGUGUCCAUCUCAUUGGCCAUAGUCUUGGAGCACAGGUGGCCGGCUAUGCUGGGGAACGAUUAAACAAAGUGAGAAGGAUCACUGGACUAGAUCCAGCUGGACCCUACUUCACAGGCACGCCUGAAAAUAUUCGUCUAGAUCGGAGUGAUGCGGAAUUUGUUGAUGUGAUCCAUACGGACAGCAGCAAGAUAUUGCUUUACGGUCUAAGCACAACUGAAGUUGUUGGCCAUGUUGAUUUUUUUCCCAACAAAGGAAACGAACAACCAGGGUGUUUAUCUGGUCCAUUGAAAACACUUUUUUCAGAUGGUGUUGAGCAAGGUGUCAGAAGACUUCUUGGCUGUGAUCAUCUAAGAGCCAUCGAUUAUUAUCUUGAAGCUUUAAGAAAUAAAAAAUGUACACCAGUAGGGAUUGCAUGUGAGCGUUGGGAUGAUUUUAUCAGAGGGAAAUGUGCUGAUUGUGGUGAAGAUAAUAGUAAAUGUGUCAAGCUGGGACCCCAGGCAGAAGAGUAUCUGAAAUACAAAGAUGACAACAAAAGUCAGAAGCUGUUUCUCAAGACAGCAUCAAACGAGCCAUUCUGUUUGUUUCAUUACUACGUGGAAGUCAACAUUGCUAAACCAGCAAAUAGCACUAGCCAGAGAGGUCUUCUACACGUUACAAUAAAAGGUUCUGACGACAAUCUGAAAAUGCGCCUAAGUGACCGGAAUGGGAGUUUAAAACCAGGAAAGAAGUUAAAAUAUCUUGUUACCUCGAGAAGAAACGUUGGUUCGAUAAAUUCGUUACAAGCUCACUGGACUAAGCGUUCUGUGUCUAUCUUAGACCCUGAAUUCUGGCACAGUAGAAGAAGUAAUGCUAGAAAUGAGUUAUUUCUUCGAUCCAUCAAAGUUAACCCUCUGAAUGGAGUUUCUCGGCAAGGCCGCCAGUUGAAAUAUUCAGAGUUCUGUGGAAACCCAACUCAGGCAAUAAAGCCCAAAGAGGAAGUGACUCUGUCGUUGUGUGACAGUGAUCAAUGAUUUUUUGUAUGAAAAUAACCAGAUUUUGUACUGUUAUAUUUAGAAGUAACAUGCUUGAUGAGAGGGGAAAAUCUUUCCAGUAGAAUCUGUUAAAGGUUAUGUUGUUUUAUGAAUAAAUUGUUGUACAUAACACA